GCCCAGUGCGUGCGUUCGAUAGCUUUUGAUCAGAAAGAAAUCCUGAUCCCAAAUCAAAUCCUUGCUUCCCUUGUUUUGACCGGUCCUCCCCCUGUUCAUUAUUCUCCGCGUCUUCCGAAGUUCGUUCUUUAUUUAUCUUUUUAACGUAAACCUUUUUUUUUUCCCCUUCUAACGUAUCGACUCACCCGCCCCAACCUAUUCGUCGUGACAACCUUUAAGCUUCUUUUACUCUAUUUAUUACACCCUUCGUCUUUCUUUUAUUUUUGCUGGUUCAGGUCAGGUCGGCACAUGCCGCAGUAGAGGACAUCAUGGCUCAAGAGCAAACUCCACAGAAUGAACAAGAUUUGGGUGAGCCGCAGUUUGCCUACCACGCCGUCGUGGAGCCAAUCUUCAUCGUCGGUGUCAUGAUCGCUUCAUGUUACUUCAACCGCCUCCGAAACUUCUCCAUCAUCCCUUCGUCAAAGAGCGCUGACCAAGGUCUCCUCGGCCAAUCGAAGUUGGAGCCAUGGGACGAGGACGACGUCCACGACGAGACGGAGCGUCUCAACCUCGCCGACGCAGCGUCGCCGACUGACACGCACCCACCCAAGAAACGAACGUGCUGCGGUACUGUUGUUCACACGCCCAACUCGAGCCGGUACGCCAAGUACUAUCACUCGCGCUUCAUACAAAAGUUCCCGUUCCUCGUCGAGAUGUUCUACUGGGCUGUCAAUCUGCUCUUCUACGUCGGCGUCAAGUCGGCGAGUGAGCUUAUCGCCGCCACGGAUGGCGUCUGGCAGACUGCGGAGAACCAUGGAAAGGCGGUCUUGUGGUUUGAGCAUGAGGGUCCGUUUAGCUGGUUGUUUCCUCUGCGCGAGAUCGAUGUCCAGAGCUUCUUCAGGAAUGAUCACCAGACGAUGCUGACCAUCUUGAACCGCGCUUACUCCCUUAUUCACAUCCCCGUCACCGUCAGCUUCCUCGCAUGGUAUUACUACGCCGCACCGACGCACGCCCAGUUCGCAGAGGCUCGUCGCAUGAUGACGCUCACAAACCUCUUCAGCUUCGUCGUCUUCACAACAUACCCAUGCAUGCCGCCUCGUCUCCUCCCCGAAGAAUACGGCUUCUUCGACACCGUCCGCCGCGAAGACGCCGAGUCCAUCUACGCCACCAACAAGUUCUUCAACCAGCUCGCCGCCUUCCCCUCUCUUCACUUUGGAUACUCCUUCUGCAUCGGCACUGUCCUCCUGUACCACUCUGGCCUCUUCCGCCGCCGCCUCGCCCCCCGUGAGAAGCGCAUGAGCAAGGCGUGGCAGGUCUUCUUCGUGGUGCUGAGCGUCGUGUACCCGGCGUUUGUGUUGACUAUCAUUGUUGCUACGGCGAAUCACUACUGGCUUGAUGCCCUUGCUGCUACAGGAGUUGUUCUGGUUGCUUGGCUGUCGAACCGCAUGUUGCUUGGUCUUUUGCCCUUGGAGGAUCUGUUCCUCUGGUGCGUGAAGCUGGAGAAGCCGUUUCCUACAACCGGCAACCGGGGAGGAAAAUAAAUGACAACACAGCAUGUUUUACUCAAUCAUCACAUAACGAUAUCGCAUAGCAACCCAUCGCAAUGAACCAUUUAAUUAAUGUUAAUCUAGAAUAAUGUCAAUCAAUAACGUACACGCAUGCCCCCACUUCACGAUAUCCCACAAGACGGUGUGAUAUGCUCACGUGCUCACCUCCAAACAAGGCUUGCACCCAUGCUCGCCUUGCGGAGAAUGUGAAAUUGUGGUGGAGUUUUGACCAUCCCCUUUUUAUGCGCUUGAUGGAAUUGAAUGUGGGACCUGUCGAAGGAUCGGACCCGACGAGAUUACCGUGCCGAAACCCACCAACGGAAGACGGAGGUCAAUGAAACGCCGUUGGAGUGAUUAAAAUCUGACCGACUUGUGUGGCACCACUGGAAAAAUUCUGCUGACGAGAGACGGGCUGAACGAACGCGCGGACGAACUAAUACGCGUAGAUAAGAUACGAGCAAAGAUGAAUACGCCAAAUACGCGAAGGUUUCACAGAAAACUGUUGAUCGGCAUCAGUGAAUACAAAGUGUGUCGAGAAUCGGGGUCUCGGACGUUGGAAUUUAGAGUUCAAUUAACUUUCAAGCUUCAAAUUUUCAUUCAAGGGGUACUUGAUUCAUUCCUCUCUAUUUUCUUUGGUCCAAUCACGCUAUGGAAGAGACUCACUUGUAGAAAGGACCCUGCAUCGCUUGAGUGGACGACAUUGCAUCCGAAGAAGCCGGUUGCACUGCGACGUGAGAUUCUUAUCUCGUAUUUGAGAUCCCAUGUGCAAAAGGUCUUGGGGGAGUGUCACUGUUGCGCAACGUCGCUGAAUUGAAAAUGAGCCAUUUAUUGGGAGUCUCGGAGUUGAUACAUGCAGCUGAAUCCCGUUGAUUCCGUGAGCUAACG